AUGUAUUCUCAAAGAAGUAGAAAAUACCAAAAUGUACGUUCACGAAAACACGAUUUCAUCGAUUAUCUUAUAACUUGCGAGAAUAUCCAGCAGCUUCCGUAUAAUAACAACGCAAGUAUGUUGGUGGCUCAUGCAAGUAGCGAAUUCACAACCAAGGUAUUAACCGGGAAAGGCCUUUUGCAGAAAAAUGUGGAGGAAAAAGCUCGGCAAUUACGAAAACGUGAUAAACAUAUGAUUAAUUCUGCAACAGAAAGUAUAUGGAAUUUACGAUUAACUUCUCUUCAGCGGGAUGAUUUUGAAAGGUUGGCCAAUGAAGCAAAUAAUAUCAUUCAAAAUCGAACGCGAUCCAAUGGCGAUGAUGAUAUGUCGAACAUGAUGACGUCUAUUAAUACACCACAAGUAACAAAUCAACCCUUUGGAAAUUACAUGUUUAAUGGAAUUAAUUUCCAUGAUGAUAAUAGCUUUGAAAGUUUAAUGCUGCCUGCUGGACAUUAUUCAACAUCUUUUUUAAAUUCUUCAUUUUAG